AUGUCGGAAGCAUCACGCAGAAACAUUCCAACCGCGACCGGCGAAUACACCAGUGAGGAUGUUGACAUCUUGACUGCUGCACUACACACCCCGCCGCCCGCCACCUCGCCAUCACCAAACAUUGCCUUCCACGAUAAGAUAUUCAUUACUAUAGUCGGACCGCCACCCGCACUGCAGCCGUCAUUUACACAGGCACCCUCGACGACGCCAUCCUCGUCAAGCACCACACCUCGCGCGCAUUCAUCGUCAACCUCGCAAAGCAGAACGGCUCAACAGCCCGAUGCCACCAGUACCGGUCGGUCCAGCAACCAGUCCACGAGCUCUUCAGCAACCGAGACCGCCGUGCAGCCCGUCACCUCGUCGAUACAGCCCUCGCAAAGCCCCGACAAGCAACCAGACUCGGCGCCGACGCCAGUGUCGGCCUCGGGCGGGCUGAGCCGCGGCGCCGAGGCCGGCAUCGUCGUUGGAAUUCUCGCUCUGGUGGUUGUUUUGCUUGGUGCCGUCACGAUUUACUACUACAAGCGCAGGCCGCUGUCCAAGAACAACAUCUUCACCAGCAGGAACAAGAAUCUGGUGCCGCAGAGAGCCAUUUCGCGGCCGUAUCCGCUGGACAUGUCGUCGGUGAGUCCUAUGCGACAGGCGCCGUCCAUCACACCAAGGCCGCCGCCUGCGGUUCCCGCAUCCUCCGCGGCGGGGAGGUCGUACGCGCCGUCGGACAGGCCGCUGCCGCCAAUUCCCUCGCGACAGUCGCGCAUUGGCAGGAGUUCAAGCUCAUACAGCCGGCUGCCAUGA